CCCGUGUAAACAACCGGGAAAAUCUUUCAAGUUUCUAAUAAAUACUCCCUUAACAUCUGAAAAAGUCAUGGAUUUGUUAUCUUAUGAUUGGGGACUUUGGAAAAAUCUAGUCAAAGAGAUUUCAAGCACUCAGGAUGCUUCCUGUUUAAAUGCUGCAGUUCAGUGGUAUGAAAAUGAAACGAUGUCUAAUUACGGUUGUCAGCCACAGUGGUCAGAAUUCCUGAAGAGUCUGCAACAGGAGGAGCCUAUCAUUCAAAAUGGAGAACUUAAAUGGCUUCCUAUUUUCCAACACCUAUCCCAUGGAUUACAAUCAGUCUUCCUGCAGCUUGUGCUACACUUCAGGCACAGAAUACCUACAUCAGAAUUGGCAAACUUCACCAAAGUCAUUGCGAGUUUUGUACAUAGUAAUGGUGAAACUUGGAUUGAUGCAUACAUACGAAUGCUAGUAGCUCAUUGUCAGUUGUUUAAUACGGACAUAUCGAAUGACUUUAAGCAAGUGGAAGGAUAUGUAUUCACUACAGACAAUGAGGAGAUGGCAAACUCAGUACUACAACAGCUGACAACAGGUCAAGGUCGCGUGGCUCAGUCAUCACAAUUUUCUCCACAAGGUCAGGAGGAGGACAACAUAAGAUUAGAUCCUACAUUAAAUGAGACCUCUCCUGUGGAUAAUUGUAUCGAUAAAAGUACCCUCGAGUCUGUAGAACUGGAUGAGUUGAUAGAAGACAAUGGCACAGAAGAACCAGCUGCAAAGAAAGCCAAAGUAUCCAAGGAAACACGAGAACCAGAUAAAAUAUUAGAAUCUCUAGAUACAGCAACACAGGCUGAUUUGAUGAAACUCAGAGAACACUGGCAAAAUGAGUACAAAGAUUUUCCAGAAGAAUUUAAACUGUUUUAUACUUCAACUCCAAACCAGGUCAGGGAAUACUGCAGAUUUAUGGAUCUUGAUAGUUUAUCGGAGAAUUCUGUGGCAUGUGCUUGUCAGAAUCUACUGGUAGUUAGUGAAAGUAUCAGUCAUGACAACAGCAUUCAGUUUCUUCAGUCAGCACUACUGCCAAAACUUUCUUCAGGUGCAUCCAGACCAAUGCUAGUUCUUUUAAAAGCUAUAGGAGAAAAACUUCCGAAUUCUCUUGUCGAUGGAAUAUUUAUGCACCUUGUUCAGUCAGAGAAAUCAAGUUCUUCACAUUUUGAUGUCAUGUGCAAGAUAAUGAAAGAUUCCAUGCCAGUUCCGGUUCUAGUGCACUUUAUCAAGAAACUUAACUCAACAUUAGAAGAUAUAAAAGAGCCUCAAAUCCCAGUUUUCCAAAUGCUUUUUGAUCUUAAGAUUCCCUUGGGGAAAGAAGACACAACACAUGUACUGGAAAAAUUGAGAAAAUCAGCACCAACCUUUCCUAAGAAUUUGAAAUUUGGAAAGCUUGUUCUGGCAACUCUUAACGUAUAUGGAAAACUGAUGGAGCGAGAACAUGUAAUAACUAUUCAACAGAUACUUCAGUUUCAUACUUCUUUCUUGAAAAAAUCUAUUGAGUCUGCAAUUAAUAAGCUUGGAAAUAAUUAAUGAAAAAAAAUUUUUAAAAAUCCAUUUGGCCACUGAGAAGUUAGGAAUCAAUAUAAACAUCUGUGAAAUGAACUACAGUGUAUUUUCAGUUUCUCCAUUUGUAGUCCAAUUGGACUUUGUAAUUCAGUACCAUGA